GAGUGCGUUCCACUGAGGCUGGCUCCUUCCAUUGCGGUAAUACGGAUCUCAUAUGUGAAGUGAAAGAAGCUGUGACUGUAACAUACCACUUUGAUUCAUGGCCUAAGCACCUGGAAGAACAGACCACUGAGGAGUUGCAUGUCGCUGGCCCUCUGCUCAGCAUUAAAGUAGAUGUAGUAGAAGCUGUGGCAGCCAUUCAUGUCCCUCACUUCUUGUGUCUUGAAGGUGACGAUAGUUCCCAUGUCUACAUUGCACAUUUUGUUGAAGGGGAGAUGAGGCUGGAGAAGCCAGACAGAGUGGAGCCUCACCAUGCUGUGUUGGAAAACCCCAAGUUCUCUUCCCUUGGAGUCAUUUUCAAAAAGUGGUUUAAGCAAAAGAUCAACACUGUCGUACUGCUCUAUCAUAGGCUUCAGCUGGAAACACCAACGUUUCACCUGUACCUCCUGCCAAAUGACCCUUCUAUAGUAAAGGCGGUCGAAAAGCGUGAAGUAAAUUCAAAGAGAAUAGAGAAACCCCCUGUGACCCUGAAACCGCUGAUGAUUGGUUCUCAGGUAUCUUUGAAGGCUUCAGAGGAUGUCACAGUUUAUCCUAAGGAACUGGAGUUUCAAUACCUGGAUGCGGAGAAACUGCAGCAGUACGUAGAACUGUCUGCUGAGCAAAUGCAAGACAAGUUCAACUUCUACCUGAUGAAGAAGGGCACCACUGAAAUUGUUUGGGAGGCGCAUUUAAAAAAAAAAGAGUUAAUUUCAGGGGAGCUGGAUUCUCCUAUUCCACACCCAGCACAAGGUGCUUGUGGCUGCACACCAAGCAAUGCAUCAUUCAGCAGAACUAACCCUGGACAUGGUGCGGAAGGCAGAGGGAUGGAGAAGACCAUCACAGACAGCCUGGUGUCCACCCUGGAGAACUUGCGAGAGAACGAACUCAAGAAGUUCAAGCUCAAGCUUCAUGAGUUUCCUGUUAAGAAGGGCUAUGACAACAUCCCCCGAGGGACACUGGAGAAGGCAGAUGUGGUGGACCUGAGCCUGCUUCUGCUGAAUUUCUAUACAGGCGAUUAUGCCGCGCAGGUGACAGCUGAGGUGCUCAGAACCAUCAACUGCAGGGAUGAGGCAGAGAGGCUCCUCGGGCAUUGCAGGAAGUGAGUUCCUGCCCAGAGGAGCCAAAGAAAAUGACCACACACAGAGAGUCCUCUCUAGGAAGUUCAAGAACUCUGUGUAUACUAGCCCUGUACUGUCUAGCAGAACAUGUGUUCUUAUGGCUGCAACCCCCACACAAAUUAGUGCUCUUCAGCUGUCAAUUUUUAAAAAAUUGAAUGUGUAUACCACUUAGUUGUAAAAAAAUCCCUUCACAGUUUCUUAAGAAUACCAAAUAAACAUUAAAAUUUCUGAUAAAAGUUGGAAAUUUAAAAUGAUUUUAAAAAAUCAAAAUAUGAAUAAUAUCAGUAGUUAAAAAUAUAACUUUAUAAAAGUAAAGUGCAUAUUAAAACACUUGUCAGCUUUAGCUCUCUGAGCAGGCCUGUCUCAACAAAGAAGUUGUUUCAUGUUCUGAGGAUAUUUUUCCAGAGGCCAGAGGGAUCCUGGUAGUUGGUGCUUCAGUGACUGGCAACAUGGACAGCUGGGUCUGAGCUGGGCACACAGACUGCUGGGUCAAUUGCUUUCCUGGCUUCCUCACAUUCAGAGUGUGCUCCACAAAGGCUCACUGCUUCCUUUGCAGUGAUACUGAUCUCCUAUGUGAGAUGGGAGGAUCAGUGACCAUAACAUACCACUUUGAUUCAUGGUCUAAGCACCUACACAAAUGGAAGACAAUUCCUUGUUGUUGGUCCAAGCAGUUCCAUACACUAUCCUCACUUCCUGUGUCUCUCAUCGCCCAGUGGUUUUCAACCCUUUUGAGUCCACAGCUUCCUUGACCAACCACACAUUCUUCCUUGACCAACCACACUUACACUGGGGAUCUGCUACAAGGCACAUGUACUGGGGAAUCUCUCCAUUCCGUCCCACCCCUAUUUUUGGCACACAUGUAAGUGGGAGUGCAUGUGUUGACGGGAAGCCAAGAAACGCCACUGCUCUGCAGGGCUGAGCUGAUGGACUCCACAUGGCAGCCCAGCUUCCCUUUGGUUGGGCAUGGAAAGGGCAAAACAAGAUUACAAUCAGAAGCAGAUUUUUUUUUGUUACCGUAGAGAAGGAAAAGCAAGAAACACACAGCACUGGACACACAUGCAGACAUGAUCCUUUCCUGCAACAUUCUCCCUGUCCCCAUAAAGCUGGCUGACUGUUAAGGAGGAGGGGGUGCCUGGGGGGAGAGGUAGAGAUGAAGGGGAGGGGGAAUGUUGAAGGUAGAAGGAGUAAGAAAAACAAAAGACACAGCUCACUUUCAGGGUUAUUUUUAAAUCCCUCUUUAUGGGGUGGGUGUGCGUGCACACA